AUGUAUGCUGGACGGAAAAGAAGAAAACCGGUGCAAAGAGACAUCGAAGUGAAAGACCAAAAACAGAAACAGACAGCUCCAUCUGAAGGGACCAAGUCUAACCCAUCAAAGCGACACCGGGACCGUCUGAACUCUGAGUUGGACCGUCUGGCCAGUCUACUGCCCUUCCCAGAAGAGGUCACGUCCAGCUUGGAUAAACUCUCUAUCUUACGGCUCAGCGUGAGCUACCUGAGGACCAAGAAUUUCUUCUCAGUUGCCCUGAAGACCCACGCUUGCAAUGGGUUGAAGGCCAACGGUGGUAACCAUGACAACAGCAAGACAACAGGAUUGGUGGAUGGCUGGAUGCCCGAGGGUGAACUCCUAUUGCAGGCCCUUAAUGGUUUUGUCCUGGUCAUCACUGCAGAGGGGAUCAUAUUCUACUCCUCUCACACCAUUCAGGAUUACCUGGGAUUCCACCAAACGGACGUGAUGCACCAGAGUGUGUUUGAUCUGAUCCACACUGAGGACCAGCAGGAGUUUAGGAGGAACCUGCACUGGGCACUCAACCCACCGGCCGUGCCCCAGCAGGUGGAGUCACCCCCAGAUGGAAAACCAGUCCCCAGCUCGUCCCUGGUGACCUAUAACCCCGACCAGCUGCCUCCAGAGAACUCCUCCUUCCUGGAAAGGAACUUCGUCUGUCGCUUCCGCUGUCUCCUCGACAACUCCUCUGGCUUCCUGGCCCUGACCCUCCAGGGCCGUCUGAAGUUCCUGCAUGGCCAGAACUGCCGGCUGGAUGACGGCUGCAACGUGCCCCCCCAGCUGGCGCUGUUUGCCAUCGCUACCCCCCUCCAGCCUCCAUCCAUCCUGGAGAUCAGGACCAAGAACAUGAUCUUCAGGACCAAACACAAGCUGGACUUCACCCCCAUGGCCUGCGACGCCAAGGGGAAGAUCGUGCUGGGCUACACUGAGGCUGAGCUCCGGGUCCGAGGCUCUGGAUACCAGUUUAUCCAUGCAGCUGAUAUGCUCUACUGUGCUGAGAACCACGUCCGCAUGAUCAAGACAGGAGAGAGCGGGCUGACGGUGUUCAGACUGCUCACUAAGGAUAACCGCUGGAGGUGGGUCCAAGCCAACGCCAGACUGGUCUACAAGAACGGCAAGCCUGACUACAUCAUCGCCACCCAGAGGCCCCUGGUAGAGGAGGAGGGAGGAGAGCACCUGAGGAAGCGUUCCAUGCACCUCCCCUUCACCUUUGCCACGGGCGAGGCCCUUCUCUACCAGAGUAGCUACCCCAUCCACGGCCUCACCGACUCACUCCAGGCUAAAGGCAAGACCAAAUCCAAGAAGGGCAAGCUGGACAAGAACCCGUCGAAGGAUAACGGUGGACUGGACCCCAGCUCCCUGCUCGGGGCGCUGAUGAGGCAGGAUGAGUCCGUGUACGUGUGCCAACCAGCCGUCGAGCCCAAGAUGUCCUUCCACAGUAGUCUGUUUAGUGAGCGAGGUGAGGGGGAAGGGCAGAGCAGUGGAUGCUAUAGCGGUGGCCCUCUGGGUGGGGGUGUGGGAGAGAGCUGGAGCUCUGUGCCCAAUGGGGUCACCACCUCCACUGGCCCCAACGGAGAGCCUCCGUCCAGCUUCGACCCGCUGCUCGCCACCCUGGACUCACUAUCUCUGGAGGGGGACGAGACAUGCUCUAACAGCGAGCUGUUCUCUGCGCUGGAGAACAUGGGUCUGAACGCAGAGGAUCUGGAGCUACUGCUGCUGGAUGAGAGGAUGAUCAGAGUGGAGAUGGAUCCGGACUACAUCCCCUCGCUCAAUGACCUGCUCACCAAUAACGAGAUCCUGUCCUACAUCCACGACUCGCUGGAGAACAAGACCGAGGAGGGCCAGGGUGGGGACAGUCCCCUGUCCAUACCACAAACCUCAACCACAACCCAUCCCCCAGGCCCUAUCCUUAAUUCUGCCCUUAUCCUUAACCCUCAUACCCAAGCCACCCCGACUAUGCAUAUCUCUACCCUCCACCCCCAGGCUACUAACCCUCCUGCCCCCCAACCCAUAUUACCCCCUCACAGACUACCAAAACAGCCACCCAUAGUGCAGCUCUCCCAGCAGAUGCAGCAGCACCUCAACUUAGUCAAGCCCGUUCUGGCAAAAUACCCCUGGCCCCCGACACAAACGGACGUCCCCACGCCAAGCCAGCCAGACACACUGCAGCACACAAACUCACUAGCCGUGGUCCAUAAUGGUCACUGGCUUCCCCAGCAGCAGCAUAUGCUUGCGGGGCUGGACGACUACUGCCACAGCCUUCUCCCCCUGGUUAACGGUAAGACAUCCCAGCUGGGGCCUCACGGGGCCGGGCAGCUCAAACACCAGAACAACAUCCAUCUUCAGAGCCAGUGGCAGCAGCCGAACCAGCACCUACAGGCCCAGCUUCAGUCUCAGUGCCAUUUCAAACAGCAGAAGGCUAGUAGCAGCAGCAGUGAACCUCUCAACGGGGUGCACCCUGAUCCCGAUUGGCAGAGUCCCGGCUACGACGACCAGUUGGGACCGACAGCUAACAGGGCCUGCACCGUCUCCUACCCCAACGGGCACGCGGACACCCUCUCACACACUACAGAAGGAGAGGUCACUCACACGGAUUACGGUAUGGGUGAUUCGACUGCCAUGGUCAUGAACGGGGUUACGGUAGGGGGCAUAGGUCACUACCAGGGACAAGGAGGGGUGACUGCUAACCUCUUGGACCAUCUGGAGCGUCACAAACAAGAUUAUCCACAGGUCCCAUCCACCUAUUUCCCUCACCAGUACUCCACCACACAGAACUCCUUAGAUGACAUCCUGAGGCUAUCACAGCCUCAACACACCAUGCCUACUCUGGACACCUACGGCAUUUUGAAUAGCCCCGCUUCGCAAGAUGCCACUCACUGCAAGAUGGAGAACGGCUGCAUCCUCAGCGACACCAACGUGGCUUACACAGGGAGCUGUCUACUGCCCAAUGUGAACAGCCAGACAGCCAGCGACAGUCUUCAGCCCGACGCCCUACAGACCCUGCCCACCCUCCCAGACCCACAGACUACUGGCUUCUACCUCUGA